AUGGGUGUCGAACCUCCAUUCAUUUACGACCGACCCUCGACAUACACCUUUGGGAGCCCAACAGAUCGUGCUUUCAAUCCCAAGGCUGCAACCCAUGCUUCCUGGACUCCAAAGCCGCAGAAACCCAAACAAGAUGGGCCACUCGUUGAUUUUAACAAGCACCCUGAUUCCUACAUAGUCGUUCCUUACGGCAACCUCAAUGCCAAACCGAUGCCUCCUAAUACCCUUAAGAAGAUCGUCCGCGUCCGAUACGUCCAGCUCUUCUUGAGAGUCUGUGCUUUGAUUGGAGCGCUGGGCUGUCUCUUCUGCGUCAUCGCCAUCAACAAGACCUCGGCGACGGUGGGAUGGAUCAUUCGCUGUGCUCCUGCUGUUGCCAUUCUUCAUACGGUCUAUGCGGUCUUUCACCUCGCCCGCGCACCUACGAGCCGCACUCCUGCGUCCACAGCAAGCUACAUGAUCUUUGCGGCCAUGCUGGACACGGGCCUGAUCCCCUUCUGGGUUUUCUGCGCCUGGGUGGCACAAGCCGAUUACGCGAGAAAUGAAUAUGGAUGGAGCACGUUGUUCAGUGAUUCAGAUCUGUCAUACAAGAUCAUCAAUGCGUUCUUCAUUCUCUCCUCUGUGGAGGGAGGUCUGAUGGUGGCGUCUUUGUUCCUGGACAUCUACCUGGGUGUCAAGUUCAGGCAGAUCUCCAGAUUGCCUCCAGACAUGAAUCCUCUCGAAUCGAACCUCACAUCCAGGCACAAGCGGAACAAAUCCGAGAUCACGGAGAAGAACAUGAGAUCGUCAGAACUGGCCGCUAUGCGGGAGUCGCAGGUGUCAGGUUUUAAGAGAGUCCCUUUCAUCCAUACCCGCACCGACUCCGCCGACAGUGUCACGCUUUACGGCGGUGACAGUGCCCGCAACUCUAGGGUAGAGUUCCGCAAAGAGCUGGACGAGAACGAAAAGGACCCGUGGCGGUGGUCACGAAACUCGUCUCCCGAACGACCCGGCUCUGCGGUCAAUCCCUCCCCAAAUUCCCGGUCGGCUGGCAGUGGACUUGACUUUCGCCCUGAACGCUCGUCCAAACUGAAGGAGAAGCCAUCUCGUCCAUCUUCGUGGCUUUCAUACCUGGACUAUGAAGGCGUGCCCAGCACGAUGAGUGAGGAGGCUUCUGCAGAACUGGACCACGAAGUCAGACCCAUGUCCCCUGUCUCUGCGAUCUCCGCUGUGGACAUCACAUCUGACAAGAUUCAUCGAGAACGGGAGAACUGGUACCAUGGCUCUCCGGCACGUAACAGCCAGGUUCAUUUGCCCACACAGGCAAACAGCAGUCAGACUCACAUCCACUCCAAAAACGCGAGCAAGUCGAGUUUGCAUCAAUCACUUGCCAUGCCGUCUCCGGACUCUCCGGCGAAGAAGAGAAGCCGGGAGCCUCUGGGCAUGAAUCCUCCCACGCCUGUGCGCUCAUCUUUCAACGAUGAAAACGCCUUUGUCACACCAGUCAAGAAUUCCCGCAUCCAGCACGACGGUAACCGAGCCGCCCUCCACGAUGCCGACGGCAACGCCCAGUCACCCCUCAGAGGCACCCCUACCAACAGCCGGCCGUCCAGCUUCAUCGGCAGCGGUGGCAAGGCACGCUUCUACGGCGAUCUGCGACCCUCUGUUGCCACUGUGUCUCCCUCUCACGAUGAAAGCGGGAAGAAGGCAGACGUUCGAACCAGCAUCAAUGAAGUCCAGGACAUGUACGAACGAACCCGGACCAUGCAGACGGAAAGCGACUAUUCUGCCAACUUCGAGGUGUACUCGACUUCCGACGACGAAGACGAGGGAAGGUUGAGCGCCAACAUCACCCACGUGCAGACGGCUUCUCCUUCACAAUGGAACGGUGCCCGACAAACCUCGAACUCGACCGGGUUCGACAUGAACAGUGGUUAUGCCGGUCUCGGAGCCGAGUUUGGCAAAGGGAUGGGCAGACGGAGGGACGUCAGCGGCAAAGUAGCUGAAGAGGGCAGAGCCAGUCCGACGAGGAACGGGGCAGCGGGAUGGGAGCGGUUCAAAGGCUUGUGA